UCCAGAAGUUUCCCCCUUGGGCGGCGGCGGAGCUGGUAGCCGCGGUAGUGCCUGCUUAGGCAGCACAAACAGUGGCUGUUAGGGAUGGCGGCGGCUGCAGCGGGACCUGCAACCACCCAGCGGUUUUUCCAGAGCUGCUCAGAUGCUCUGAUCGACGAGGACCCCCGGGCGGCGUUAGAGGAGCUGACUAAGGCUUUGGAACAGAAUCCAGAUGAUGCACAGUAUUAUUGUCAAAGAGCUUACUGUCACAUUCUUCUUGGGAAAUACUGUGAUGCUGUUGCUGAUGCAAAGAAGUCUCUUGAACUCAAUCCAAAUAAUUCUACUGCUAUACUGAGAAAAGGGAUUUGCGAAUACCAUGAAAAAAACUACACUGCUGCUCUAGAAACUUUUACACAAGGACAGAAAUUAAGUGCAGAUGGAGAUUUUACUGUCUGGAUUAAAAAGUGCCAGGAAGCUCAGAACGGAUUGGUCUCUGUGAGGAAUCAGUCUGCAUCUCAACAGAGUCAGUCAAAAAUCAAGUAUGACUGGUAUCAAACAGAAUCUCAAGUAAUCAUUACACUUAUGAUCAAGAAUGUGCAGAAGAAUGAUAUAAAUGUGGAAUUUUCUGAAAAAGAGUUGUCUGCUUUGGUGAAACUUUCUUCUGGAGAGGAUUACAAUUUGAAACUGAGACUGCUUCAUCCUAUAAUACCAGAACAGAGCACAUUUAAAGUACUUUCAACAAAGAUUGAAAUUAAAAUGAAAAAGCCCGAGGCUGUGAGAUGGGAAAAGCUAGAGGGACAAGGAGACAUGCCUACACCAAAACAGUUCAUAGCAGAUGUGAAGAACCUAUAUCCAUCAUCAUCUCAUUACACAAGAAAUUGGGAUAAAUUGGUUGGUGAAAUUAAAGAAGAAGAAAAGAAUGAGAAGUUGGAGGGUGAUGCAGCUUUAAACAAAUUAUUUCAGCAGAUUUACUCAGAUGGUUCUGAUGAAGUGAAACGUGCCAUGAACAAAUCAUUUAUGGAGUCUGGUGGUACAGUUUUGAGUACCAACUGGUCAGACGUAGGUAAAAGGAAAGUUGAAAUCAAUCCUCCUGAUGAUAUGGAAUGGAAAAAGUACUAAAUAAAUUAAUUUGCUAUCAC